AUGCUUCCAGGCGGCAACGAUUCCAUAGCCAUGAAAGCAAAACUCUCCCGCUUCCAACCCAUAACGAACCCGAGGCAAAUCUUCCUUCACCCCUCUGCUUCUUCACCCACAAAACCAACCCAAGAACAAGAAGAAAACCUUCACCUCAACAUCCCAGUUGAUGAUACCUUUUCUCCCUCCUCUCCGUCAGCAGUUGCAGUAGCCAGCGAAGAAAGUCUUGUGACAAAAAUUCUACUUAAACUACCCCCAAAGCCUCUCCUACGCUCCCAGUGCGUCUCCAAGCAAUGGCUCUCACUUAUCUCCGACCCUGCCUUCCGCCGGCAACAUGCACGGGCUAUCCGGACACAUCCCACCUCUGAUCUCCUCUUUUUCAGCCCAGAUAGUGAACGCAAUGAGAUCGAUCUCAUAUCGCUUUCCCCAGAGGGUGUUGACUCGGUUGGUAACGUCUCAUCCCCUAUAACUGAUGGGAUUCUGAAAAGAGGAGAUGAGAUUCAUAGCCUGCAUUCUUGCAAUGGGUUGCUUUGCAUGCAGAUUAAACUCAAAAACAAUCGCCUCCAGCUGAUUGUUUACAAUCCCACAACUUGCAAGCACAGGGUUAUUCCCUGGUUCAGUGGUGACUAUAAUAUGCCAAUAUUUCGCUAUGCAAAUAUUGCUUUUGACCCUUCAAAAUCUGAUCAUUACAAGCUUGUUUGCUUCGGUUUAGACCGUGACAGUGACUGUAACAACUAUAGAUUCUUGAUAUAUUCAUCAGAGACUGGGGCAUGGAGGGUGACUGAAGAUGCAGUUGGGACGUUGCCUGUUCGUUAUUACUAUGACAGAGGGGUUUUAUGGAACGGAGACUUUCACUGGUUUGGUACUAAUUAUUGUACUCUGUGUUUUGAUGUGCAAAAAGAACGGCUUAAACCCUCAACUCCUCAAAUUCCUGCUAGUUUUGGGGUUAGAAACAAGUAUGAUAUCUGGUAUUUUGGGGAAGCAGGUGGGGAUCUGUCUGUUAUGUGUGUGAACAAGCUUGAAGCCAUGUUGUUUGAUGUUUUUGCACUGAAGAGGGAUUAUUCUCAGUGGAUUCUGAAGCAUCGUGUUGAUUUUGCUCCUUUGACUCGGUAUUACCCAAAGAUGAAGGGCCCUGGAUUUCAUACACCUUGUUUGGUUGUGGAUGAGGAGGGGAAGAAAGCCAGGAUUGUGAUUUCUGUGGAGGACAAGUUUCUUUCUUAUGAUAUUGCUGACAUGGUUGUGAAGGAGCUUGUUGAAGUAGGGCCUGUGUAUGCUGAAGUUGCUGGAUGGGGUGAUAGCACUUGGUACAGGUGGUACGAGGCUUUCCAGCAUGUUGAUACACUUGCUUCAGUUUAA